GACCCUUUGAACUCGGAGAUAGAAGCAAAGGAAGGACUUCUUUCCCGCGUUUAAAAAAAAAGUAUUGUGAAUUUUCAGGUUACAGAUGUCUCUCAGAUAUUUAUGGUAAACUUUUUAAAGAAGGAUUUGCAAGAAUUUACGACAUGGACGAUCUUUAUUUAGAGAACAUCGACGAGUUCGUCAAUGAUCAUAAUAAAAUUGUUACUUAUAAAUGGCUGAGUCUCACUCUUGGAGUCCAUGUCAAUCAGGCCAAACAGAUGCUGUUCCAUUAUUUAGACCAGAAGCGGAAGGAAAGUUCUGGGUCUCAGCUUCAUGCUACGUACCUUGUGUCUGGGAAAGUUGUAACGAAUGGCGGCUCGAGUCACAAGGUGGCAGUAGUGCGUGAAGAUCAGCUUGAAGAUGUGAAGUCGAAGAUGGACGUAACCGUCAGUAUCCAUGUGUACAGCAUUCAGAAGGCUGUGCUGAAAGACAGUGGGCCGCUUUACAGCACUGAUUAUGACGCGGUGAAAGAGAACCUAAAGAACUGCUGCAAGUACAGCGCCAUCCGAUGCACCGGUGCGGCCCCCCUCCCCUCGGACGUGCCACGGCAGAGUCAGGAAAUAGAACCUGUAGCACCCCUGGAAAUAGAGGCUAAGAAAUCGGUGGUAAAUGGUGGUACUGCUGCAGCCAAUAAAAAAGCUGCGAAGCCGCAGAAGGGGAUUAUGGGAAUGUUUAACAAGAGCACUUCCAAGACACCGGAAUCAAGUAAAGAAGUUAAAAUGGAGGAGAAUGAGGACACUGCUACAGAAACAACGAAAAGUAAACCUUCCCUCAAGGCACAUAACUUCUUUGGGAAACAGACAACUAGUAAAGCAGGAACCUCCGGUGAGAAAUCCAGGAAAACCAUAAAAGAGGAGGCUGUGGGGUCUCAGACAUCCCAUUUAGCAGUGGAGGAACCUUCAAAGUCUCCCCUUACGACUGAGAUCAAGGAGGAGGAAGCGAAGAGCUCAAACGCAGCAGGGAAACAACAUAAUGAGGGGAAGAGCAAUAAGAUGAAGCGUCUUGAACAGUGUGACAGCGACGAUGAGAAAUUUGAGAGUCGGAAGAAAAAACGACGGAGGAUCAAGAAACCACAGCUGAGCAGCAGCGACGACGAAGUGAUUGCAGAUUCUCCGGCCGCCCCUGAGGCAGAGGUUCCAACACCAAGUCCUGAAAGCAAAGUGAAGGAAGAGCCCGUCUCCCAGGCCAAGGUGAAUUCAGAAGGGAAGAGAAGGAAACGGAGGAGAGUUAUUAAGUCUCGUACCUUUGUAGAUGAAGACGGAUGCAUGGUGACUGAGAAAGGAUUCGAGAGUGAAUCAUACUCCGAAAGUGACGAUGACUUUAGGGUAAGCAAGCAGCACCUGAAGGAGCCAGGUGCCCCGAGACCGACCUUCAAGAAGAACGAGGAGGAGAACAGGAGUCAGAAGCGAGUCACAGCAGCUGCUGGCAAGGCCGCCAAACAGGCUUCUAUUAUGGGAUUCUUUGUGAAGAAAUAGGACUUUCUUCUGUCUACCGUUGCUUUGUAAAAACGUGAAUCACUGCCACUGAGUGUCACACGGGAGAGAACAGACCAGGACUUUGGAGGGGUACAGUUUCCUCAGCAGAAACCAGUUAUACGUUUUAAACUCUGAAAUAUCUCACGGAAUAUUCUGGUACAUAGAUUCGUCUGUUAUGGGCAGUUAUUUCUUUGUCAGUCGUUAAAAUGGCAGCGAAAAGUAAGUUGGAUUUUAAUGUUUACGUGGGAGAGCUGCUGUUUCAGCCACCCUAUGAUAGUAAAAAAAAAAAAAAAAAAAACUAGUUUUUCAGUGGAUUAUUGAAUAAAUGUCUUAUUUAAUGCUCAGAUGUAUGAAACGGCAGUCCUGUUUUGGGUGAAAGGGUUGAAUAAAAUAAAAUAAGUGUGUGGACUGGCCA